GGGGAUUGGAUGUGACAUAUGGAAAAAAAAAAAAUCAAACUAAAUCACAGGCAACUCUGCUAAGCCACAGAAAGACUACACACACACUUCAUAGCAACAUGGGAGACCAAAAGAUGAUGCACGAGCUUAUUAAUGGGUUGAAUGGGCACUUGUUGGGAAUAAAAGAGUUGACUCGGAAAUCUCUAGAGGCCAAGACGUUUGCCUAUUGCCCAUACAGCAAGUUUCGAGUCGGGGCGGCACUGCUAACACAUGAUGGGACGGUUUUCACAGGAUGUAACGUGGAAAACGCAUGCUUCAACUUGGGAAUCUGUGCUGAGAGAGUUGCCAUUUCCAAAGCUGUAUCUGAGGGCUACAGGGAUUUUAAAGCCAUUGCUAUUGCGAGUGAUAUGUGUGAGAACUUUAUUUCCCCGUGUGGAGGCUGCCGGCAGUUCAUGAGAGAGUUUGGUUCUAACUGGGAUGUGUAUUUGUCCAAACCCGACGGUUCCUACGUGGAGAUGACAGUCGAGGAACUUCUGCCGGCAUCAUUCGGACCAGAGGACUUAAAAAUGAAGAAAGUGAACAUUCGGAAUGAGUUUUGAAGAGGAGAUUUUAGAGGAGAACCAACAGUUGAAGUCAAGAUUAUUCAGCCUCCUGUUAAUUUUCUUUUUUAAAUAUUUACCAAAUGAUGUUUAACAACAAUUAUUUUUUACAGUAUUUCCUUUAAUAUUUCUUCUUCUGGAGAAAGUCUUAUUUGUUUUAAUUCGGCUAGAAUAAAAGCAGUUCCUAAUUUUUUUAAACCAUGUUAAGGUCAAUAUUAUUAGCCCCUUAAGCAAUAUUUGUUUUCGGUUGUCCUCAGAACAAACCACUGUCAUACAAUGACUUGCCUAAUUACCCUAACUUAUGGAGUUAGAUGAGUCUUAAAAAUAAUACAUUUACAAGAUAAAAUUCAUACAAGCCCAGCACAAUUCACAUUUACAGAAUCCAAAACACAAUUCAUAAAUACAACAGAUAAUUUGAAGGUCGCUGGUUCGAGCCUCGGCUAGGUCAGUUGGCGUUUCUGUGUGGAGUUUGCAUGUUCUCCCUGUGUUCGCGUGGGUUUCCUCCGGGUGCUCUGGUUUCCCCCAGUCCAAAGACAUGCGGUGCAGGUGAAUUGGGAAGGCUAAAUUGUCCGUAGUGUAUGAGUGUGAAUGAGUGAGUGAGUGAGUGAGUGAGUGAGUGUGUAUGGAUGUUUCCCUGAGAUGGGUUGCAGCUGGAAGGGCAUCCGCUGCAUAAAAACAUGCUGGAUAAGUUGGCGGUUCAUUCCGCUGUGGCGACCCCAGAUUAAUAAAGGGACUAAGCCGAAAAGAAAAUGAAUGAAUGAAUGAAUGAAACUGUGAAUUCGCAAGUAAAAAUCGACAAUUUUUUUUCAUCAAAUGAAUUGGAUUUGUGUAUUUUUGAAUCGUGUUUUGAAUUUAGGACUUGGAUUUUGUUAAUUGUUAAUUAAAAAAAUGUAAAAGUUAAAAAAUUAAAAGUUAAUUGUGUUGAGGAUGUAAGAAUUUUAUGUUGUAAAUGUAUUUUUUGAGACUCAUCUGACUCCAUAUAACUUGCCUAAUAAACCUAGUUAAGCCUUUCAAUAUUACUUGAAGCUGAAUACUAGUAUCUUGAAAAAUAUCUAGUCAAUUAUUAUUUACUGUCAUCAUGGCAAAGAUAAAAGAUCAGUUAUUAGAAAUGAGUUAUUAAAACUAUUGUUGAACAAGUUUCCUACAGUGUGACAACAGCUGCGAUGAGCGUCAAUCCAAGAACCAAUAGGAGCUCUGAAUUUGAUGAUGCAAUCAAUGCGACAAUUUAAAUGACCAAUGGGAUAUGUCAAAACUGUUUUUUUCUUCCUGGUUUUAUUAUUGAGACGCGCUGUGUGCUAACUAUUGUUAAAUCUUCUUUCCGUUAAACAGAAAUUGGGGAACAAAUUUACAGGAGGGCUAAUAAUUCUGACUUCAACUGUAUAUGAGAGUUUUGCUGUGUAUAUAGAACAUUGUGAAUGAUUGUGUUUAAAGGGAUAGUUCACCCACAAUGAAAACUCCCUCAUCAUCUAUUCUCCCUCAUGUGGUUUUAAGCCUUUAUGAGUUUCUAUCUUCUGUUGAAAACAUUAGAUCAAUGGUCUCAAACUCAAUUCCUGGAGGGCUGCAGGUCUGUACAGUUUAGUUCCAACCACCUCCAACUCACACCUGCUUAAUAGUCUCUGUUUCUCAAUAUGCGUUCUUCAGCGUCCUCGUGUAACUUCAUCAUCGACUGCCAAAGUUCAGUUCCAAAACUCAAGACCACAAGGACGGACGCAUGAAAGUUCCCAGAUGUGUUCUUGAUAUCGAGGUGGCAUCGAUGCAGACUCGCUUGAGAAGUUCCAGAAGUCAUUGCGACUGAAUAAAGGAGGUGGGAAACGCAGCGUUUUAUAUAGAUUUAAUAUUAAAGUUCAGAGACAUAACUUAUUUAGCUCAUGAGUUUCCCUGAAGGAGAUGGUGACAGUAAACAUUACCAUGAAAAUCUUAAUAAAAGCAUGAGUUCGUAUUAAAAUAUGUUUUAUUUGUAAGGUCUUUAUGCAUGUUAUAUAUAUUAAAAAGGGGAAAACAAUAAAUUGUUGUAUGAAUGAUGUUAUGCAUGAAGGUCAUGUGACCAUCAGGAAGAAGGCAGCAUCUCAUUUCUCACAGGAUGCUUUCUCUAUUCGCGUGGUCUGCCGUGUUCGUUCUUCUGAGAUAACUUGGCAAGGCCGUUCUUCACAAGAACGCAAGUCCAUUCUCGGCAUUCUUGGAAUUGAGAAACAGCCUAGUAGUCUUGAACACCUUGAUUAUUUGGAUCAGCUGUGUUUGAUUAGGGUUAGAGUGAAACUUUGCAGAGCUGCGGCCCUCCAGGAACUGAGUUUGAGACCUAUGCCUUAAAAGAUAUUUGGAAGAAUUCUGGUUGAUGGCACCCAUCGACUUCUAUAGUCAUUUUUUGCCUACUAUGGAAGUCAGUGGGUACUAACUAGCAGCAUUCUACAAAAUAUCUUCUUUUGUGUUCAAGAAACUCAAACAGGUUUAAAACAAGUGAAGCGGGUAUAAAUGAUGAAUGGACUUUCGCCAUCAGCUAUCCCUUUAACAGUGCUGAAUGUUAACUAAUUUAUAUACUCUUGUAAUGUAUGUAAAGAAAUUAUUCUUAUUUUUGAAUAAACACUAAGGGCCCUAUCAUA